AUGGAUUUCAUCAAUGAAGGAGAGAUCAACUUGUAAUUGAUAAACUUAUAAGAUUAGACCACCCUGAAUAAUCUAGAAUAAAUAACCUUCAAUUAUAAUUCUAAGAUAAUAUUAGCAAUUUAAUAAUCAAUCAUUUAUGCUUAUUUCUUUGGAUUGAAUAAUUUAAAAACCAUCUCUAGUAUUCACGUUAAGAGGAAGAACACAGAAUAACUUAAAUAAAUUGAAUACUUACAAGCUUCAAAUUCUAUUUUAUCUAUUGUUAAUUUAAAAAUUCUAGUUGCUAAUCUUAAUGCCUUAAAUACAAGAAAAUUUUAGUUAAAAAUUGACUAUGGUUUGUAUGGCUACUGUGAUUAAUUGUUAUUGAAUAAAAAUUAAAAUAAUCUCUUUAUAGGUUUUAAGAAUUAUAUUCUGUUUUUUGAAAAUAAAUUCUGCGUUUGGAAAUACUCUAAACAAAUUAUAACAGGGUACAGAGAUUACAUAUUAUCAAUAUGUUUAAAUUUUGAAGAGGAUGAAUUGUAAGUUUAUGCCAACGAUAGUUAUAAUUGCUCAGCUUAUAUUUAUAUCUACCAUAAAUAAACCUAAAACAAUUCAAUUUAAUGGAUUUUAAAUUAGACCAUAAAGUUUACAGACGGAAUAGGAUACUUAUGGGGAGGAUAAGUAAAUCAUUUAUACUUUAUGAACCCUUUUUCUCUGAAAGUUUUCAAAUAAGACAAAUAAUUAUCAGAAUAUCAAAUAUAUUCUUCCUCAAAUGUUUCGAAUUAAUCUGUAAUCUGUUGGGUGUUUUUGCAAAAUAAAUUUAUACUACUUAUUGAAAACAAUAAUAGAAUCAGUGUAAUGAUAUUAAAUUAGUAGUAAAAAUUAGAGCUCAUUAAAUCUAUCAACAUAAAUUUGUCGAUUAACAAAUACUCUUAUUGCCUUCAAUUUAAGAGCUUUCUAUAAAAUGGAGAAUUUUUAAUUAUUUGGAAUACAGAGAAAACCCUAAUCUUUAGGAUGUCUUCCAAUUGA